UUGGCGUUUGUUAUUAUAUACAUGCGCAACUAAUUAUCCUUAUUUACAAUUGUUUCGCGAGCAUUGACCCUCAAGCGCUGUCGGGGAGGAGGGAGGGUUGAUGCUGAUGUCACGUUCUGGUGGCGUCUCCUGCAGCAGCAGCAGCAUCAGCAGCAACAUCAGCAGCAUCAGCAGCAGCAGCACGGGGUCACUGAGGUCGCGAGGCGCAGUGUGUCACGCAGUGUGAUGAAGCGUGCGAUGACCCAGAAGAAGCAUGGGCACAGCCCGCGUCGCUCAGCUCGGUGUUGCCGCCGCGCUUCUCCUGUCGCUCCUGGCAGCGCGCGCUGCCCCUCUGCCCGUCGCCUCCUCCGUGCCAUCGUCAUCUUCUCCCUCGUCCUCUUCAUCCACCUCGUCGGAGCCGUGCAUAUCGGCCGAUCUGCACAAGGUCAUCCGCGGCAACAUGGGGCUGCUGCAGUUUAACGCGGAUCGGGUUCUGCGGGCAUUCAAAGGGAUGGCCGACGUCGAGAUCUCGGAGCACGUGGCCGUCCUCUCCGCGGCGGAGCCUUGCGUGCGGCGGGCGGAGGCGGUCCCGUCGCCGUCCCACCUGAGCGGCGCCUUCGCGCUGUACAGCGCGCUCAUCGCCACGCUGUGCGAGCGGGCGCACCUGCCCGACGGCUCCGAGGUGCGCGUCGUCUGCCGCGCCGUCGUGGCGCUGCUGGAGGACACGCCGUUCCCGCCCCCCCGCAGCGGGGAGGAGCAGGGCGAUGUGGAGGCGGCGGCGGCGGAGGUGACGACGGCGGUGGGAAGGAAGGAGGGUGAGCAGCAGCAGCAGACGGAAAAUAAGACGGUGAAGGCACAGAGCGGUGGCGAGAGCGCAAAUGACUCCGUGGUGGUCGCGACGGAGGCUCCGGGAGUCGGGAAUCGGACGGAGACGGCGGCAGCGUGGGUGGCCGGCACCAGCGCGGCAUCGACGGCGCCCACGCUGAAUCAUUUAAGAGGGGAACAAUAUACUGAGGCCGGGAUCGCGGACGUGAGGAACGUCACUGCGACUUCCGAAGAGGAGCAGUGGCGGCGAACAAAUCAUCAUCAGCAGCAGCGGCGGCGGCGGCCGCAAGCGGAUGAUAAACACUCGGAGGUGGAGAAGCAUCGGAAGGAGGAGGUGGAAAAGGAGGAGGCGGACGAGAAGUCUCAAUCACGUUGGCCUUGUUUGCCAUCGCACGUGAAACACGCGACCUCGUUGCACGGAUCCUCUGACAGCCGCAUCGUGAUGUUCGCCCUCUUCCAGAGGUUCCAGCAGUUCCUGACAGAGGUCUCCAAGCGCCUCUACGUGUGCCGGCCAUGACCGUUGGUGGGGGAGACUCCUUUCUCCUACUUCUGGCUCUGAUUUCACACUUUCAAUGCUCGACCUUUGACUCGAUCCCUGACCAUGAUGAUUCUUUCUGCACUCCACCGCGACCGCUGCUACCGCGUCAGACAUGACGGAACGGUGUGCGGGGGAACAGUUGUCGUGAUGAUGGAGAGUCUUCUUAGGCCUGCUGCUUAAGGGACAAUUGGUGGACGUGGGUUGUGGCAGGAGAGGGAUCAGGUUUUUAUUUUUUAUUAAGGAGGCCAGGACUUAGAGAUUAAGACUUAUCCCAGAUUCAAAACUGAGGGUCUAUCCAGGAUCUGCAGUUGAGGAUCGAUGCGGGAUCCAGGGCUGAGAAUCUAUCGAGGAUUGAAAGUCUAUCCAGAAUCCAGAGAUGACAGUCUAUGCAGUAUCUUCAUCAUCAUUGGCGGCACCAGAAUCGGAAGAAUGAGCAGAGACCACGCGGCUUGGACCUGCGUUCUCACCCCGGCCUUCCACACCGGCGAUCACGUGACUUUUUCAAGCGUUGCAUUUUUUUUUUUACCAAUUUUUAUAACGCGACUGGCGGAGUGGCACUGGGAGUGGCCGUGAAUGUGGACAUGAGAGGGGGGGGAGUGGACACGAGCCCUGUCUUUUAAACAAAUAAAUGCUGCCUGGAUUGCGUGGAAUCGUGAAAAAAGCCAGUGUCUGUAAAAUAAGACAUUUCUGUUUUAAAGUGAACUGAACCAAACUAAACAAAGCUCACAAAAAGUAAGGAAAGCUGCCAUUUAGCGGCACAAGAGAGGCUCGGUGCAGCCCAGACUUUUGCACGAUCUUACGAGAGCUCGUAAGAGUUUAGCAAGAUCCCAUUAUUAUCUAUUGUUUAUGGUCCACAUAUAUUUUUUAUAAAAGACAUAUUCUCAUUAAAAGAAAGACUGACCAAUAAUAAAAUAAUAAUACAGAGAAACGAACUGAAGACGGAUCUCACUGCUCGUUCUUUUUAUCAUAUCAGUGUUUUAUUUUACUUAAUGUUUUGUGUUGUUAUUGUGAGAUGUAAGCAUUGGCUUACAAGGGACGCAAGCCAUUGUUUGGCACCCACGUGGGUUAACAAGAACUGGCGAAGGCUGCAAUGGAUCGUAAGGUUUUAUAUUGCGACUGAUUUUACAGAUAAAUUGUACGGCUUGGUCUGUGUUUGGGAGAGAUGUUUACAAGAAUUGUUGACGUUGCACUUUCAUGCAUUAUUGUAAUGCAUUAAGGGAAUAUGUUUUGUAACAAAUAAAACUCUUUUUUUCUUGCAUCAAAUAGUGGUGGUGAACGAGACGCGCUCUAAAUCCAGCCACCCUGAGUUCGAUUCAAAGCCAAAGGUUAAAGUAACAAAAAAUCAACGGCGAGCGAGAACUCAACCAGGCCUGGGGCGCUCCAACCUUACACCGACACGCACUGACGAGUAUG